AUGUAUGCUUGCUCAUGGAAUGUGAGAGGUCUUAAUGACCAUCUUAAAAUAAAGGAGGUAAAAUCUUUUAUAGCUUUUAACAAGUUUAAUAUAUUUGCUCUAACUGAAACUAGAGCGAAAUUAGCCAAUAAAGAUAAGGUGCAAAAGAAAUUUGGGAAUAGCUGGCAAUGGGGGGAUAAUUACAGUCAUAAUCCUAAGGGUAGGAUAUGGCUAGCUUGGAAACCCACAAUGAUCCAUGUUGAUAUUAUGUUCACCUCUGAUCAAGUCAUUCAUAGUUUAAUUACUGAUAAGAACACUCAAUAUAAAAUGUAUUUCACUGCUGUUUAUGGCUCGCAUAGUAUUGAAAACAAGAAACCUCUCUGGAAAACAAUUCACUUUAUGGCUACUCAUAUCAACCUGGAGUGGAUAAUCAUGGGAGAUUUCAAUUCUGUGCUUGAAAGUGAUGAUAGAAUUAAUGGAGUGCCAAUCUCUACUUUUGAAACUCAAGACUUUAGAUACUUGCGUGACCAUACUGACCUUCUAGUUGUGAAGGGGAUAGGGGGUUCCUACACUUGGUCAAACAAGAGGGAAGGAAUGGACAUAAUCUUUAGUCGUAUUGAUAGAUGCCUAUCUUGGAGGCAAAAGCGAGUUGCUCAAAACCUAGCUGAUAUCUGGUUCAAGUUGAAAGAUGUUAGCAAGGUGCUGAAACAUUUACAAGUUACUCAAUUUGCAAAUGCAGGAGCAGCAUGUAUUGAAUCUCUUAAGAAAUGGCUCAAUAUUGAAGAGAGUAUUUACAAGCAAAAAUCUCGAAUACAAUGGCUUCAAGCUGGGGAUUCUAAUAACAAAGUGUUCUUUACUGCCAUGAAAGAAAGACAAGCAUGGAAUUCCAUUGACGUCUUAUAUUCAAGAACAGGGGCUAAGCUUGAUUAG